AUCGGUUAGUUACACCCAACCUCUCUCAGAGCUACAACGAUUUAAAAGUUAAUGUUAUGGAGCUGCAAAAUCUCCAGCAAGCAGCAUGAAAUCGUGGAUUUUCUUGUUUAUCUUGUCCAGUGUUCUCAUGGUCAAGUCUAUCACCAUUGAUUAUAGUUGCCAUCCCAAAACCGAGUGGAAGAGCGAGUGGCUGGGUUCCAACGCCUCGAUUAGGACGUGGAUCGAGGAAACCGCCGAUGCCCUAAGCCAUCACUUCGCGAAAAACCUGACGAUUCAUUACACAUUCAAAGGAUAUAAAAAGACGAUGAACUAUGACCUCAUCACGAUUCAUCGCUCGGGAGUCGAAAUCAUCAAGAUGCGAAACGGAAGUAAUACUAUGAAGAACGAAAAUUUUUCAGAACCCUUGGGCAUCGGAUGGCAAGAAUUCCGUUUGACCUCUUCCACCUCAGCGACGGAACUGUGGCACCAAUCGGUCAAACUCGUCUCGGUAGAAAAGGAAUUUUCCUUCAGUGAGCUAACUGUUGACGGCAGCAACGUUACCGGUAACUGCCCUAGAAAUGAAUUACAGUGGUUUGUGACUUCUAGGGAACAGGCGAUCAUUCCAGCGAAUUUCGAGCAGGGAACUCAAACAGUCAGUUUCUACUCGAAUUCCAAAUUUUACCCCAAAAUUAGUUUGACGGAGUCUAAGUUCGCGAUCCUUGGCUGGAAUGGAUCUUCGAUUAUGGAAAAUGAAACCAUAGCAAGCGCUCAUCGGGGUCCUCUCCCGGAAGCUACCGAACAUCGAGUGUCCAUUUCUUGCAAGAAAAAUGGACACCGCAUUCUUUGUGCUGUGGAGACAGAACAGAAUUCAGGGGUUGUGAAGAACCUCUAUGUAAGAUCAAUGCCCAGCGCUUUGCAUGUAUCAACUGAGAGCGAUGGGAAGAUCGUGGUCCUACUUUAUCUACCACAAACCCAGGAUCCAGAGAAGGCCCGGGGACCUGUGCUAACAACUCCGAGUGAAACAUCCACAAUGGAGAAUGAAUCUAAUAACAACGAAAUACCUUGUAUUGUCACCAUUUCAGUACUUCUGUUAGUACUGUUAUUUCUUGGCCCAACAGUAUGGUAUUUUUACAGGCGGUCAACAUCGAGAAGAAAUAAAUAUGAGUCUGUACAACCAGAUGAACCUGACAGUAAUUCGUGUAGGUUGUCUUUCACAACACCUGUGAAACUAAGUUUGUGGGGAGCAGUGGAAAAAAAUGAUGUGAGGCUGGUCGAAGAUCUGCUAAAUCAGGGGGUUGACCCAUACAAAAUUGAAGAAGACAGGCAUACCACCGCUUAUAUGGGAGCCCACAUUUUAGGUUACACGGAAAUACUACAAGUUAUGCAACGUUAUCGAGCAAGACAGGAUAUUACUUUUGAAGAUUUAAUUAAAAAUAUUAUACUGGAACUGCGAAAUGAAGAAAGGGGAAUGUUUGAGGCAGCCAGAAGUGGAAGGUACUCAUCACCCUAUAACGGAGUGGAGACGCUGCUGAAAAAAUAUUCCUUCCCAGUGACCAUCUCUGACAAAAAUGGGCGCUCAUUCAUCCAUUAUGUUGCAUCAGCCUCUUCGGAGAACGGCCUUCCUGCCUGGAGAAAAGAGGAGAUCAGCCUCCUGCUUUCUAACCCCGAGCAUUACAUAAAUGCAGUUGAUUUUCAAGGAAAUACGGCUCUCCAUUGCUUAGCAUCAAGACCUAAGAACAGUAACGAAAAUGCACAAUUCCGGUGGAAUGGCCCACCGAUGACACUGGAAAAUAUUUGGCUAGACAUGGCCAAAUUAUUUCUCAAUCACUGUUCUGAUCCAAGAAUUGCAAAUCAUCUAGGUGUUUUGGCCAACGAGAUUGCUACAGACAAUGGGCAUCAUGAACUUGCGGUUUUACUCGAGAAGAAAUGUGAGGAACUGGGAGAAACGGACCUUGAAACAACACACCAUUUUGAAGAGUUGGUAGAUGCUGCAAGAAAAGGAGAGACAUUAGAAAUUAUAUCACUUUUAAAUAGAGGUGUGCCUCUUCUGCCUGUCUAUGCACGUGCUGAUCCUCUGGUGGAAGCCAUUCGAUAUAAUCGAAGGAACACAGUCAUCCUACUGAUAGGCGCAGGGGCUCCACUUGCUAACCAAAAUAUCGGCAAUGUGACACCUCUCGAAGCAGCCCAUACCACCGCCGGAUCUCUAGCCAUUAUCCCAGCUCUCGUAAGAAAGGUAUACUGUGACAGACUUCGCGAUGAAGGAUCGAGAAUAAUCCUUGAACAUGCAGAUACAAUGAAAGCUUUUAUGAACAGUGUCAUUACUGCUGGUUGGAAAGCUAAGUGGGAAUUCAAUUCUAAUACAGGGGAAGAAGAAACAAACAAAGAGGCUCAAGAAUUGUUAUUGCAGGCAGUGGAAAAAGGUUGUUACCUAUUUUGCCAGGUGUUAUCGCAGGAAGAUGUACAUCUGCAUUCACCAAAUAAAGAAAGUAAUGCUUUUUGUAAAGCAGUGGAAAAUAAGCAAGUGCACACACAACUUUCUUUAUGUAGAGAUCUGAGAAUGUCCCCAAUGACAUUUACUUCAUCAGCUCUCGAAUCGCUUAAUAAAGAUCUUAGAAAAUGUAUUCUGAAUGGACAGUUCAGAAUCCUCAGAAAUACUGUCCUUUAUGGGAGAUUAAAAAUUAACAAUGAAGAGUGCAAACAAAUUCUUGAUAUUUGGGAACACAAAAAAUCCACAGAAAUCGUGCAGCCACCAGACACGUUAUUGUACACUAUAGUCCAAAAAGGACUAGAUGUCAUACUGUACGUCCUUAUGACGAAGUGCAAAUCUUUUGAUAUAAACAAGGAAAUUGACUUCUCCAAGAGCACUCUCCUCCAUGUUGCAGCCAUGAAUGGACAAAUCAAUAUGAUUGAGUUCCUACUUUUCCGCAAGGCGAAGCUUGAUCUGGUAACAGUAGGUGGGUAUACAGCGGCUCAUCUUGCCGCCCUUGGGGGUCACAAAGAGGCCCUUUUAUAUAUUGAAGAACACACGAAGAAGAACAAAAUUAAUGUAAAUGUUGAAUGUAAAUGUCAAGUAGGGCUCACUCCAUCAGAACUUAUGGCUAAUUAUUCUACAGUUUGCAAGAGUCUCACACUCCCCGUAAUGUCACAUGAAGAUGCACUUACUGUCAUGAAUGCAAAAACGAAUUCUGAAAAGGCCUAUGAGAUACUGAAAAGGAAAGGAGAAGCACUGAACAUAACCAAUCCACAAGCUUUGUUUGACUGUGUGGAAAAAAAUACCUUAUCCAGUGAGGACAUGAUUUGCAUCUUGAAAACAAUCAGAGAAGAAGUUGGCAAGAUCUGCAAUGGCCUAAAAAAUUCUGACUUUGGUGGAAAUCUGUCACUCAUGGGGCCAUUGCAAGAGGAAACUGAAAUAUUUACAUUGCAAGAGGAAACUGAAAUAUUUAAUGUCUCAGAUGUACAUUUCACUUUAGAACUGGAGGCAUUUCAUUGCUUGGAUCACACUGCAACUGUAACUUAUGAAGAAAAAGCAAACAACAACCUUUCCACAUUCGUACUUCGUCAUAAUUCAAAACCAGAACUUUUCAAAGGAACCAAUUUUAUUUGGGAAUUUUCUAAGGCUAUGGAAACUGCUCUUCUAAGCUAUAAGAGUUCACCAGAUGAAAUCUCUUUAUGCUCCCCAUUUCUCACCACUCGUCUUUCUGAAGUGUCUUUCUGUCUGCUCUUGAAAAAGGAUGAAUAUUUCAUAAAAAUUGCUGUGCACGUGCUGCCCGUCAUAGCGAUUUCCUUUCCAAAGGAAAACAGAAUCAAGGAAGGUUACGAGGAAUAUAUCAAAAGCAAUAAUGGUAAGGCACAGAUUUGCCUUCUUAACUCUGAUGACUCUGAUGGAGAGUGGAUCUUUCAUCCACACCUUUUUGAAAAGUAUAUAUUUCAAAACCUAAAUGAAAGCCAAAGAAAGGUCAGAACAGCAUGUCACCUUAUUUCAAAGCUCCUGAAUCCAUGGCCAUGGGCUCCUCCUUUCAGAGCAAAGCAUUUUAUCAGACCAUGGCACACAUUAUCUGUGGGGGUUGAAUUUCUUCAGCCAGAAGCUGUCAAUUCUCUCUUCCUGAAGGAGUGUACCAAAAACAGUUCUCCUUGGACGGAUGAUACGGUGUUCCAAAAACUUCUCUCCUUAUACCAACAUGCAGCUGAAAAAGAUUCCUUGGGGACGUGGACUGUACAUGAAACUAUUGAAUCUUCAAUUUUCCUUCGAGUAUAUUAUGAAAACUAUGACUCAGUUUGUGGUGUAAUAAGAUAUUUGGAAUACUUGAAAAACGAAAGGGAUCAUACAUGAUUUGAAGGAAAAGAUAAGACAAUCAAGGCUCUGCUGGUGUGACAGGCUUCUGAGAGCAGUCUGUACUUUUUUCGAAAAAUCUGUCAACUACUAUUCGUCACAAUUUGUUACACCACUGCUCAGGAAAGAAAGAAAGAGAACAAAAUGGAAAAAUCAGAAAAACAUUGUCUGUACAGAAGAGUAUGACUUUCAAUUGACACUUUUAAGUAAAUCUGGGUAAUUCAUUGGUCAGCAAUCCAAGAUUUUUAGAUGGUGACGCGCCUCCAGCACACGAUCAAUGAAGAUCUAAUGCACUAAACUGGCUGGCAUGUCCACAACCUUGACUUAAUUUAAAGAAAUUAAAGAGCAAUUUUGAUUUAGUGAAGUUUCUAUUGUUUGAGACUUUGAAUUCAACAAACAUUCUAUACAGAAACCAGUGAUGCUUUCCAGUUUGUGGGAAUGGUGUUUUGAAUGUGACUGAAAAAGACUGGAUUUUGUAACCAGAGUUUUGUUUCUUACGUACGUGUAAUCAUUUUUUAAAACAAGCAUUUCCGUGUGGAACAAAGGGAUGGACAUCAACUGAGCAGCUAAAUUUGAAAGAUGCUCGUGACUCACAACCCAGUGGUAUUUGAGGACCUAAAAGUACCUACUAGCUGUGAAAUCUCAAUGUUUCUUAUUUGUGAUUUUCGUGAACACAAAUCUCUGACUUCCUAUGGAAAACCUCUAUAGCAUAGGAAUAGACGUUCUACUCUCAUUCGUUUGAUUCUGGCAAAGAGGUGAGCUGAUGCCAACACUACUUGUCAUUUCCUCCAGUUACAAAAGGGAGGUUCAGUCAGAUACCUACGUACAUAGUCCGAACGGGAAUUUAAGUUACUGGAGUAGUGAUUCAAGCAGCUCUAUGGAAUUUUAAUAUUGUCUUAGUUUUUUCAGUCGCGUUUCCAUAUAAACACCGCUCUUCAUUUACUUUUCAGUCACUUUUAUUCGCUAAAGUUUAGCAAGUCAUAAAAUGAAACAGGUUAUAGAUAUCCAUUCUCGAGCGGACUUUCGCUCUAAGUCGAGGUGAAAUACCACAGAAAAAUGAUAGCCAGAAAUCCAAGCGCUUGGAUUUCUAUCAUUUUCCUGUGGUAUUCGCUUAUUGAAUAAAAUCACGUGCAUCUGCUGUG